CACUGACGCCCAUCCGCAGCAGCGUCGCCGCCUCCAGUCGGAAUAAUUUCUACCAGAAAAGCGGAUGACGGUUUUUACAUUUCUCUUCACUUUUUCGGCUUAACUUUCUGGUUUUCUCGCCGCGGUGCGUUCGAGCUCGUCCGGUCCGUCGCUCCACCGUCAUGGCGCCGGUGCGGAUCUGAGCAGCGAGCCGUCGGAGCGGGACGAAGUGAAAUGCAUCCCCGGAGCGCUGAACCUGUUCCCUGCCGCUCAGCACAAAGCCUGUGAAGCAGGCCGAGUUUCCUCCUCCUCAGCGGGCCGCGGACGAUGCGCAGACAUGUCGGGGAAUCACUACAAAGGCAACGAAGUCAGCUGCUGCAUCAAAUACUUCAUCUUCGGCUUCAACAUCCUCUUCUGGCUGCUGGGGAUGGCCUUAGUUGGAAUUGGACUGUGGGCCUGGAGUGAGAAGGGGGUUCUGUCCAACAUCUCAUCCAUCACAGAUCUGGGGGGUCUCGACCCCGUCUGGCUCUUCAUGGUGGUCGGGGGGGUCAUGUUCAUCCUGGGCUUCGCCGGAUGCAUCGGAGCGCUGCGGGAAAACACGUUUCUGCUCAAGUUUUUCUCAGUGUUUCUGGGGAUCAUCUUUUUCUUGGAGCUGACGACGGGGGUCCUGGCAUUUGUCUUCAAGGACUGGAUCAAAGACCAGCUCAACCUGUUCAUCAACAACAAUAUCCGGGCCUAUCGGGACGACAUCGAUCUACAGAACCUCAUCGAUUUCACUCAGGAAUACUGGGAGUGCUGCGGCGCUUUUGGAGCAGACGAUUGGAACCUAAACAUUUAUUUCAACUGCACUGACGGGAAUCCUAGCCGGGAAAAAUGUGGCGUUCCCUUCUCCUGCUGCACCAAAGACCCAGCGGAGGAUGUAAUAAACACUCAGUGUGGCUAUGACAUUCGAGCUAAACCAGACUCGGAGCAGAAGGACUACAUCAAUGUGAAAGGCUGUGUGCCGCAGUUUGAGAAGUGGCUGCAGGACAACCUCACCUUAGUGGCUGGGAUCUUCAUAGGAGUUGCACUUCUGCAGAUUUUUGGAAUUUGUUUGGCCCAAAACUUAGUGAGCGACAUCGAGGCUGUGCGGGCGAGCUGGGUGCCCCCCCCUCUGUCCAUGCGUCGACUCCCACCACACUCCAGCAAGAAAGCAUCGGCUUACUACUCAUGAGACGCACAUACUGUGUGUGUGUUUGUAGCCGUUUCUUUACCUAAUGCUGAAGCAGCAUUUCCACUCUAACAGCUCCAUCUCUGAACACACUGUCAGGGAGAACUCGGAGGACGACACCGAUCACCUGCACCAUUUCCUUCACUGAACCAGCACCUUUUUUCCGAGGCACUAAUGCGUGAAGUGCUCUGUAUAUAAACACUGUGUGUGACUACUGUGAAAAGGACGGUUGAACACGGACUACAUGCAGAUCAUUGCCAGGCUGCAGUUUUGAUAGCUACAUUUAGACUGUAGGAGUUUUGAUACAUCAUUUUGAUAUUAGAUCCGUAUUUUUCACUGUGGAAACAUUGGCCCAUUGUUUCGUCCAUCAUGUAGGACUGUAUACUGAGGUUGUCAAACAGAAGUGCUUGCUUCGUGUACCUUCCCACCACUCGUGCAGGACUCUAAGUUACAAAGGAACUCACUGGUUUUCAAUUAAAAUCACGCACACAAAAAACCCCACAGGAUUGUGGUUUGAUUUAUCUGUGGACUUAAAUGGAAUUAUUGUUGCACUAACUGAUUAUUUUAGUUCCUGUUCAGCAGCUGUCAAACUGCAACGUGGACAUUUAUGAAUAAUUCCUGGAGGCACUGGUUUUUACUGAACUAAUGGACUAAAAGGGUUAAGUAUAAAUGAUUGAUGGAUGAGAUGAAAUUUCACUUUGUAGCGCCCCUUUGUGCUACUAAUUCCAUGUACUAUGAUUAAACAUUACACUGGGAGCUCUGCUAUCAAACCUCACUGUUUUUUAAGCUUCUGUCCAUUGAAAUAAUUGAUAAAUCCUGAUUUAAAUCUAUCUUAUUCAAAUUCCUUUGUGGCUGCUUUUACGUAGACUUUAAAUAUUUGGCUUUUUUAAUGUAAAGAAUAGCUGCAGGUGCUCACAUGCAGUAUGCUUUGAUGAAGUUACGUUUUGCUGUAAUUGUUCCCUCGUCAAUCCCAUCACAAACAGUAGUCCCUGUUCCAUUCAAAAUGUACUGAACAAAAAUAUAAACGCAGAAAUUAGGUGUUGUUCCAACAGACAAAAUCUUUACCAGACAAUGGAUGUCAUGGAACAACCAAAUAUGUACGAUACUGGAAAUAAUAAUCGCAAGAAGGGUUGUAGAAUAAAAUAACCAGUCUGUCCAGUAUUUGCAUCAUGUUCCCGGUUAAGUUGGUGUAAAUUUCAAUGGACAAGAUGUCAUUGUCCAACAUGUCCAUCCCGAGCAUCCAACAGAUGUUCAAUGGGGGACAUGUCUGGAGAUUCUACAGGCUGUGGUAGGACCAGAACAUUUUCAGCAACACUUGUUCUGGCCUCGUUGAAGCAUCAAGUAUUGUUGGCGAAUGGAACAAGAUGACCAUGGAUGUGAUCUGGCUAUUACUGAGCUUUGAAAAUACCACUGAUGAAAUGCAGACAUGUUCUUUGUCCAUGAUUUAUCCCUGCUCAGACCAUCACUCCGCUGCCCAGAGAUCCACUUGUGAAAAGAACCGUCGUCUGUCUUGCUAGUGUCCAACAAUCAGCAGCGGUUUCCCAGCGGAGCUGAUGACUUUCUGACGAUAGAUUAAGGCCUCGAUGUGGGCAGCGAGAUCACAGACCAGCUUUCAAGUCGAUGGUUUUGCAAUUAGACGAGCCAGAUGUAACAGUCCUGGGCUUUUGUGGUGACACAUGAUGAUAGGCGAUGGUGGAUCGUUGGUCUCAAAUGAUUUCUUAAAUGAUAAAUGGUGGAUUUGUGGACAUUCAAAGUGCCUGGCACCAUCCAACAAGCCAACGGUCCAUUGGUUCUCUUGUCAUUAAAGCUAUCAUUUGAAUAAAGCUCCAUUUAAGGUGGCCUAUUAAAGUACUAUAUGUUAGCACUGGUCACGCUGUUUAAUCAGUCCUUCAAAGACAUUCUGUGCACAACUGAACCUGUCAGAAAUUAGACUUCUACCUUUUGGACCAUUUGCAUGCUGCGUUUAUAUUUUUGUUCCAGACUUUGAACAGCAUUUCGUACAGAACUGGGACUAUCCAGUAAAACAACCUAUGACUUUAUGUACAGACAGUAUAUUAGAGUUGAAAUAAAACUGUAGGAUUCUCAAAAUAACAUGGUUUGGAUAGAAAAAGUCUAUGAAAGAUAUGUAGGGAAACGCAGUCCUGAUCACAACACAUCACACACAACAAAUUAACCGUAAUUUUUUUUGCUCUUAUCAGAGUUGUCAAGGUUUUUCCCAUCUUUAAAAAAGAAAAAGUCCGUAUACUCAAGGGACUACAAAACGUAUGUAGUUCUACACCCAUUGUUGUUUCACGUCACUGUGGUUCUUAAAUGUUUUUGGCGGGACAUCUCUAAAACUUCAAUGAAGUCUGGUGGAAAGUCAGAACAUGGGCGAAGGAAGCAGCUAUUUUUCAUUGGAUGUGCAUCAGAGAAGUUUUCGUACGCUCAAAUGGGCAUUUUUAAACAUUUUCAAUAUUUCAUAGACAGCAUUAAUGCACUUACUUGAAUGAAAAGCAAACCUAGCACUUGUACCCCACGAUUAUCGUUCACUUUGUGUAUUAUGAUGCAGAUCUGAUCAGUUUACACAACACUGAAUGAAAAAUAGUCAAUAAAUCUGGAAUUGGAAAAAUGAUGUUUCUUUUGAUGGUUUAAAGUGAUAACUUGCUGAAAGCAUGCGUUUGUAGCAAAGUGUUGACAGUAUUUUUUCAAGCUUUGUUGUAAAGUGGAACUCAGAUUUGUUCCCUUCUGAGCUACUUUAAAAGGGAUCGACACUGUUUUUGAUACUAAAUAUUUAUUGGUUUUCUAACACUAAAACACAGAACUACUGAUUCUGAUUUGUCACCGUUUCGAUGGUUGUAAAACGUUCUAACGAGGUGUUCUGCAGUCCUGUGAGGCGUCUCACUCAUCACUACCUUAACCACAUUCAUGGAUUGUUUAGCUGGUAUCGGUAUAAUCCCACAAACAUUGUAAUGUAACUACCUCCUCUCAUCUCCCCGUCUCAUGUCCUGUUGAAACUGAUUUUAAUGUCAAGUAAAAUUAAUUAAUAAAGCUGACGAAAACACCGAG